AGUAUAAAAGGGUUGAGGGCAGCAGUGCAUUCUUCAGAAACGUCGUUUCGUCCGUCUGUCCUCUCUCCCAGUUGCAGUGCAGCGUCCAGCUUUCCUUGGGAGAAGGAGAAAGCACGGCAUCUUCCUUCAUCUCCGAGUUAGCAAUUCUUCGUUUCACGCCGGCUGACUGAGCGCUAGACGGGUCGGCAUAUAUAUUUCGUAGUAGAGAGAGCGAGCAAGAGAGAGAGAAAGAGAGCACGAGGAGAGAGGAAGAGAGAUAACCAAGAGCAGUACUCAGUAUCGGGGAGAGAGAGAGAGAGAGAGAGAGAGAGAGAGAGAGAGAGAGAGAGAGAGAAUUAGAAUAACGUUCGCCAUGGCACAGUCUCGGGUAGUACGCUCUGUUCUCCUGACGAUGGCGGCCGCCGCCGUUUUCAUCGCUUUGGCAGGGAUUGUUGGUGCGCAAACGCCUGCACCGGCCUCUUACGUCCCGCCAGUCUACACUCCUCCUCCUCCUCCUCCUCCUCCUAGUCCCGCGGCUUUGGCGUUGCUCGCCCGUAUUCAAGGCCUGGGAGAUCUGUCCAUGUUCUCCAAUGCCUUGAUGGCUUCUCGAAUUAACCUCACACUCAUCGGCAUCAUCGGUGGCGGGAAGGUGACGGUGUUCGCGCCAAACAAUGGCGCUUUUGCCAUGCUCAGCCCGGAGUUGAAGCAAUGCUUGGACACGCAAUCCGGCAAGAUCGACGUGCUGACUCAGAUCAUGCUCUUCCAUCUUGCAGUUGGCGGGAACUACACGGUGGCAGAGCUGAAGACCAUUAGCAGACUGACCGCUGCCUCCGGAAUGCCCAUCGAUUUGAUGACUCUCGGCGACGGGACAAUCAUGGUGGAAGGCACCGCUAGGGUCGUCGUGCCAGAUGCCAUCACCGGCGUAAAUGCCACUGUACACAUCAUUAAUGACAUCAUUUUCCCGGAGUCUAUACUAUCGACAGUCAUGAUUCAGUGCUACAACGUGCCUCCGUCGGCUAGCCUGCCGGUCCCGUCCGCUGGCUUCUUCUGAAAGACAGGACAAGUCGUCGUUCGCGCGGCGCGACUUACCGCAUAGUGCUCACGCCAACAUACACUUCGUGUCCUGCUUCUCGCUUGGGAGGCCGUUCCAAGUGGAUAGAUGUAUCUGACGGCAAUCACGGCUGAAUGCAGAUGAAUGUGGCUGCAGUUUCGAGCAGAAGUCAGUAAAAGAAGGCGUACUAUUGUGAGCAUGGCCUGGCUGUGGACGCGCUUCGCUCCCUACUGCUCUAAGCCGUUCUCCCCCUCCCCCCCUCCUUGCUGUGGUCAUCGUGUAUUUGCUCGUUGAAUUCAUUGUUUUUCUCGUUCCGAGGUUUAGCUUACGUUUUAUCCUUUUUCUCUUAGCUUGUUUUUUUUCCCCCGCCACUCUCCUGACCAGUUCUCCGUCGCAGUUUUGCCAACGUCGGCUUGUGAGCGGGUUCGUUGCCUCGUCGUCUUCUCCACUUCUCCUCCCUCCUCCGUCCUCCCUCCUCCCCUUUCCUCCGCUCAACUCUCUCAACCUGCGCGUCGAGUGCUUCCCAUCCCUGCUCUUCCAUUCGCCUCUUUGAUACGUCUCUCUUCUCUUCUCCCUUCUCGUUCCCAAGCUUUUCUAUUCUGUCUCUCCUCAUUCACUUCCGGCACAGAGAUCGUUGCUUGUACGGUUCUGUUAGCACAGAGAGUCGCUCGUCUGGACUGGUUAUGGCUGCCAUCGACUUCAGAUUGAUUGAAUGCCGUCGAGGGUAAACGUGAAUCUGUCGAGGAAUUAGGGGAGUGGUUGUGAAUUGGAAAAUAGAGAAUUUGUGAGUCGGUUUUCGGGGCGAGGAAGAGAGAGAGAGAGGGAGAGGGAGAGGGAGAGUAGGUUGAUUCAAUUUCAGGGAAAUGUUGUUCGCUUUAUUCUGUUGCUAUGUGAAGUAUUGAUUAUUAAUUAAUAAUCCGACCCCUUAACGCGCAUCAGCCGCGGGGUGGAGGUUCAUGGCAAGCUGCGCGCCGGAGGAGGGCAAAAACGCGCGGUGGCGGUAGGAUAAGAACGAUCGGUGGUCGGGGAAGUGCACGGUGCCGUCCGUAACGAAAUGUUAGACAAACGAAAGAGUUUGUUAUUAUUAAUGGAGAAAAGAUUGGACAUUUUUCUUGUACGUAUGAAUUUUUGCUCUACUAUUUUUACAGCAAGACAGCUCGUUUCGGCGGUGAAGGUAGUGAGGACAGCUUUCCCAGGGGCGCGAGACGAGCGCAGAUGAGCUCGAACAUCUCGCGCGGUGAGCCGCCCGGAGGAAGAGUUGACGUUGUCCUCUUCACAGCCGAUAUUUUUUGUUUUCAGUGUUUGGUUGUUUUUUUGCCUUCCCUUUAUUUUAUUUCGCCUAUCGGUCGGGGUGACGGUUGUGAUUGGAUUCUUUUUAUUUUGUAUUUAUUUUCUCGUCGUAGUGCGACGGUUGGCUUUUUCUGAUGUUUUGUUUCUUUUUCGGAUUUUCUUCUCGCUCAACUCUCUCUCGCUCAACUCUCUCUCUCUCUCUCUCUCUCUCUCUCUCGGUCACACCGCACAUGAAAUGAAAACGAAACGACUGC